AUGUUUCUCAUUCGACCGUCAUUUAUUCGCGGUAUUACUGCGUUAACUCACCAAGCGUCUGGUCGCGCGCUGCAUAAAUCACACAUAGUCAUGGCACCUAUAAAGGUCGGUGACAAUCUGCCAGUAGCGGAUCUGUUCGAAGAUUCGCCGGCAAAUAAAGUUAACAUUUGUGAUUUAACUGCCGGUAAGAAAGUGGUUUUGUUUGCGGUGCCUGGGGCAUUCACUCCUGGCUGUUCCAAGACCCAUUUACCGGGCUAUGUCUCGAAUGCCGCUAAGCUGAAGUCCGAGGGUGUUGAUGAAGUUGUGUGUGUAGCAGUCAAUGAUCCUUAUGUGAUGGCUGCAUGGGGAGCUCAACACGACACUAAGGGAAAGAUUCGAAUGCUGGCAGACCCCAGUGGAGUAUUCAUCAAGGCUUUGGACCUCGGCGUCAACCUGCCUCCCCUCGGUGGUUUCCGGUCCAAGCGCUUUUCAAUGGUCAUCGAAGACAGCAAGGUCGUUCAAUUGAACGUGGAACCUGACGGCACCGGCCUGUCAUGCUCUCUCGCCGACAGACUAAAAGUCAAAAAUAUUGUCGGCGAACAGUAA